CUCAUUCAACAUGGCGAUCAAAAUUUGGUCAGCAGAAGAGUGACGGAAUUUAAUUCACAUCUUGUCGUGAUGAUAUUUGUUUGCUUCUUGGUAUUGGAUUUGUUCUUGCUAACUGAAAUAUAAUCGGAAUCCUGGAAGAUAAGUGCUAGCAGUAAAUGUAGGUUGUUGACCACAAAGGCAAGCUGGAAAACAUGUUGGUGGGACCAUCAUGUUGAUCUAUAAGCCAGACCUGAAAAAAUGUGAGGAAGGAAGAUAGUGCACUUGGUGACCCCUGUUGUGUAUUAUUGUGGUUUGAGACCACAUGGAGUAUAACAUGCUAAGCGUUUGGUUGCAUGUUAUUAUAACAAUCAUGGGGUAUCAGUUACAAGUUGUUUUAAGUAAUGACUGAAUGAGACAAUUAAAUAGAACAAGCUUGUUUACAGUAUUUAAAGAUGUAAUUGAACAAGUUUUGUGUGGUGAAUGAUUUCAUGUGUUUAUUAGACUAGUAGUUCAAUAUGGUGGCCAAGGUCUCAAUUUGUGAAUCCGAACUGAUUUGAUUGAUCAUAAUGGCAAAGAAAGCAGAAGGGCGAAUGUUUAACGUGGCUGUGAUUGGGCCGUCGGGUACAGAUAAAGAUAAGGGACUGUGCGGUGUGGGUAAAUCAUUUUUGUGUAACCGUUUUUUGUACCAAGUGGCAGAUAAAUAUCAACAAGAACACAUAUCAGUGUUAAGUCAAAGUGAUUUCGCUGGUCGAGUCAUCAAUAACGAUCACUUCCUGUAUUGGGGAGAAGUGACGAAACUUGACGAUGGCAACAACUAUCAUUUUCAGUUGAUAGAACAGACAGAAUUUAUUGAUGAUGUUUCAUUUCAACCGUUUAAAACGGGUCGAACUACUGAGCCCUAUUAUAAACGCUGUGUGGCGACUAAAGUGCAAUCUCUAGAGAAAUUGAUGUAUAUUUGUAAGGAACAGUUAGGAAUGGAGAAUGACACAGCUUACGAACAGAAAUUAAUACCAGAUGGUAAAAUUAAUAUUGAUGGAUUUAUUUGUUGUUUUGAUGUUAGUAAUGUUAAAGAUAGACCGAUUGAAAAACAAGUGGACUUUGUGGCUCUAAUUUUAAACCAAGCUCUUAAAACUAAGAAACCUGUCGUGCUGGCAGCGACUAAAUGUGAUGAAGCUGAUGAACGAUACCUGAAAGAAGCAGAAAAGUUAUUAAGUCGGAAAGAGUUUAAAGGGAGCAUUCCAUUGGUAGAAACUUCGUCACAAGAGAAUGUCAAUGUCGAAUUAGCCUUUAUGACUCUUGCCCAUUUAAUUGAUAAAACAAAACCAAGGACAAAAGUGAUUCCAUUUGUUGAAGCGAGAAAAUCCAGACGUGAAAUUUUAGCGGUUGCGAAAGAAGCUUACAAAAACUUACUCCGACAGCAUAUCAAUGACCCCAAGGCCUUUUGGGGAACAUCACAAAAGAAAUUUGAGAAAGAGCCUGAUUUUGGACAUUUUGUAGAUUUAUUUGGAACGGAUGCUGCUCACAGAGACUUUAAGCAACAUGUAAGAAGAUUACGCGAAGAACAGAUUAAAGCUAAAGAGAGAAAAUAUUACAGUCAGUUACCACAUAUACUUAGUCAUUUAUUGCCUAGUCUAGAUCUAGUUGAAGACAGAACUUGGUCAGUAAUACAAAGAUAUAUUAAACAGCAUGAAGAUAGUUCUAAGUAUUUUGUUCAAGUGUGUGAUUCUGAGGAGGAUAGCUGGAAAGAUGUAGAUAAAUUUAUAGACUCUUAUGAAACACGUUUACCAUUUGAUUUGCUCAACACUCCUGAGGCAGAUACAUGCUUCCGAAAUCAACUUAAUGAACUACAAGUAAAACAGAGGAAAAGAGAAUUACAGAAACAAUUUAAGAAAUUAUUAGAAGAAAAUAAACAUGUUACUCCUGGUAAACCACUUGGUGAAACUUAUGUGUUUUUUGUGGGUAAAGACUGUUACAAUGGAUUAGGUGAUCUAGAGAAAAAUGCUGUGUAUGAAGAACAUCAACAAGACAUUAAACAGAAAGCUAAACAAGAAUUUCAGGAACUUUUAUGGGAGAAAUCUCAAGUUUUCCUUGGUUUAAACUCAACAGGACGACUCACUCCAGAACAUCUGAAGAAAAUCAAUCUAGCACUUCAAGAUGACCCAAGGUAUAAAAUGUUACAGAGAUUAGAAGAAGAUCGUAAAGUGAUGAUAUUAAAUCAUCUAGGUUUUAUCGAAUGUCCAUCAAAAGAUAGAUGUUAUUUUAAAGAACAAUGUAUAGACAGUCAAGUUCAAAAAGUGCUUUCUAACAGAAGUAGCAGACCGACAUCACAGUUAAUAGAAUCAGUAGAAGACUUAGAUUGUGAAGUGAAGCCAUUAAAUCUAGUAUUACUUGGUAAAGAAGGUGUAGCUACUGAACUCAACAGAGAAAUCAGGCGAAUUUGUUCAGAUGAUGAAUACAUAUAUCAGAAUGUAACAUAUAGUUUGGAUUAUAGACCAAUAGAUGGAGAUGUAAGCCUAGAUCAUAAUGCUUUAGGUACAGCUAAUUUUAAACCACAUGGUUGUUUGUGUGUUUAUAAUUCGGUAGAAACAUUAGAAUAUAUUCGUAGUAGUCUUGAACAAUCGCUCUUCUCGGAUCUUCAACGUGAAGAAGAGGCGACUAUGAGCAGCAUGCAGAUAGUCAUAAUACAGUCAUAUAAAUCUAGUCAAAGUGAGAAACAUCGAGAGAUGUUACGAGAGGAAGGCCAGACAUUAGCACGAAGGCUACAUGGUGAGUUUGUUGACAUUCCUGAAGAGGAGAUGGAAGGGGAGAAGAGUUUUAGUAUAAAGCAGGUACAUCAAGCUAUACAGUCUGUGAUACAACAAGGUAGAAAUAGUCUAGGUGGUUGGUUAUUAAGUGAUCAAAUAGAACCAGAUAUCAGAAUUGCCAUGUGUAUGAUGUGUGGAGACCCGUUACCAGUAGAAAUACCUCUAGGUCCCUUGUUAUAUAAUGAGAACUGUCAGGUAUCACGUAAUAGUCCCAAUACUAUCAACAUAGAUUCAUUUCUAGACUGUGGUAAACAGAAGAUUGAAAUCGAGAUCUCUCCUAAUCAUGGUGGUGGUAGUUUACAGCAGGGUAUAUUCCAUGGUUAUAUACUGGUUUAUUCUGCUAAACGUAGAGCAUCAUUAUCAACACUUCAAGCUCUAGGUAAACGAUUACCACCUGUACCUAAACUGAUUGUUUGUGUAGCUGAUAGUGGUGGAGCAGCAUCUUUCUUUACUAGUGAUAUAUCUCAGACAUUAAUAAAAGAAGGCAAUGCACUAGCUGAUGAUAUCUUAUAUGCCCAUUUUAUGACUACAACAGCUAAUUUCCAACAGCAAACUGCUGUGUACAAUCCAUUCUUUAAAGAUGCAUGGGAUAGAAAGGAAGAAUCUGAAUCUCUAUAUACAGAACCAGUAGAAGAACCUAGUCCACCAGCAUAUGACGAUAGAAGUAGUUAUAUGGACCGUAGACCACCAGCUAAACUACCAGUACCAUUUGAUAUGUAUCAUACAACCAAAAGUAGUAGUAAUAGUCAAAGUACAGAAGAUUCAGAACCCAUCUAUGAUCAACCAAUCCACCCAAAUCCAUAUCAUUCUGACAGUGAUCGGGAACGGGCUUCUUCCACAUCGCCACCCCCUCCUGAAGAUAUUUACAGUGAAGUGAGUGAUGCAGUCCCAAACGGUGAACACCUAGUCAGACCUAGUUUUGUUAAGAGCAGGCGCACACAAUUUGCUGCAUAUACUAAGGAUCACCGUAAGUCUUUGCCUAUUCUGGAAAGCUGUGAGACAAAACUUCGUUUAUGUGAAAGUAGGGGACCAUCUGAUAAUGAGACUAACACAUUCACAUUUACGCAAUUACGCAAAUCCAGUAGUAUGAAAUUGGACGUGGCGGAAGAAGAAGCUUGGGCGCUAAAUGAACCUACCAAAGGAUCAAGAAGUGUGUUAUCGGCUUGCAAGCAAACUUCCAGCAGUGAAGAGGCAUUGGGUGAAGCAUCAAUGUAUGAAUCAUCAAGUCAAGAUAUUAUUUGGGCUGACAAUGAAUUGUAUGAUAGAGCUCAACUUUAUUCUCCUUCACACCGAUUGACAGAUGGAUGGGACAACCCAUCAUUUUCUUCCUCCUUAGAGCGUAAGAGAAGUAACAUGCAAAAACGGUCACAGUCACAUAGUUCAGGUAUGGUAGGUAAUCAUCAGUCUAAACAGCGUGGUACUAAAGUUACAGCACCGUUAGCCAUGCCAGAACCAAUAGAAAUUGCUGAUUAUGGAACAGUGAAGGAUGCAGUCAGUCAGUUUUCAGAGAAUGAUUAUGCUUCUGUGGAAGAUGCUUUGCCACCAGGGAAAUUACAGCGCAUCAAGUCGUCAGUUCGAAAGAAAGAGAAACGUAACACAGAUUCUGAGGACUCUGAAUUCAGUUCUUUAGAGCGGGAAGCUAGACCAGACAGACGGCCUAAAGUGUAUAAAAAGCCAGCCAAGAAAGUUCAUGGAACCUCGUUCUUUAUGUCUAAAUCUAUGACAGAUGAUUAUCAACAGAGACUGGGUAUAUCAGGUGAAGCAACAAAUAGAGUGAGAAGUAAUUCACCAUCUGAAGGUAGUGAAGGUACUGGGGAUGAAUUAGCAACAACCAAAAAACCUGUAAAACGAAAAUCUUUUAAACAUAAAGGUCGCUAUACAUCUUUUGGUGUACCUAAAAUAUUCAGUCCACCAGACCUUGAUUACCAGAUAGGUUCACCUCCACGUGACAAUGAAAAUUUAUUUAAUAUUGGUAAUCCACCCAUAGGAUACAGCACACUACCUCGAGCAGCACAUGGUGGUACAGCAUCAACAGAUGAUGGAGACUAUGAUCUCAAUGACAGCGGCCAUUGGAGGAGUUUACUCAAAGGUAAAACAUAUCGAGAUCCUGAAAAACAGAGAAGAAAAGAGGAAAAGAAGUUAAAAGAUGAUGAAAGGAAAAAGCAAAAAGAAGAGGAAAAGAAACAGAAAGAACAGUUAAAGUUACAGAAAAAAAUUAAGAAAAAAGAUAGUAAAGGUUCUGGUCCUUCACAGAGUGGCUGUUAUUUAGAAGAUUUUCUUAUGUCCCAAAAUAAUCCUUUAAUACCUGUAUUUAUUGAACGAUGUAUACAGUUUAUUGAAGAAGAAGGCCUCAAAGCUGAAGGUAUCUACAGAAUUCCAGGAAAUAAACAACAAGUUGAUCUCCUUAUCACCAAAUUUAAUGAAAAGGAUUAUGAAGAGAAAAAGAAGGCUGGUCUUUAUCCCAGUGCUGAAAUUGGUUCUCUAGAUCUAGAAAUUCAAGUUAAUGCUGCUGCUACCGUCCUCAAAGGUUUCUUUUCUGACCUUACUGACCCCUUGAUUCCUGCAUCACUGUAUGAAGAAUUAAUAGAGGCUGCUGGUGUACAUGAUAAAAGCAGUCGGUUGUUAGCUUUAAGAGGUGUAUUAAAAAAAUUACCUGAGCAGAAUUUUGAAGUGCUAAAAUACCUCAUGACACAUCUUAACAGAGUAACCCAGAAUCACCAAUAUAAUAACAUGGACUCAAGUAAUUUAGCCAUUUGUUGGUGGCCAACCAUAAUGAGAUUAGAAUUUAAGUCGUAUGAAAAUAUGGCUCUCCAUACUCGCUAUCCUGUAGAAAUUGUUAUGACUGCCAUUGAACAGUGUAAUUUUAUGUUUCAUGGAGGUGAUGAAGUAUGAAUAAUCUAUAGUGCUUAAUAUAAUGGUUAUUUAUUUUAACAUAUAACUUUCCAAAAUGGCUGCCCCCUGUAAAAUUCAGCUGGUUGCUAAGGAUUACAACUAUUUGGAUGGAGCUAUUUAAUUACUUAUGUAAAAUAUUGAUAAAUAGACGAAGAAGAUGGAAAUAUAUCUGGCAUAAUAUACAGGAAAUCCCAAAGAGUGUAAUAGGAAGACAUCUUUAAUCUGUGUUUGUUGUGGUGGAAAGUUAUGAGUGUAGCUGUGUUAUAACAUUGUUUGAAAGUGCUAAAUCUUGUUCAAGAUUGGAGUUUAUUUAGAGAAUUAUUACCUUGCCUUAAAAGACUAUGUAGCUAUAUACUUAGACACUUUUAUAAAAUCAGAUAAUAUAUUGUCAUCACUGCAUGCUGCAUUUACAAUCACAAAAAUCACUGUACAGUAGCACAAAUCUUUCAUAUUUACAGAUUUUAGUAAGAAUAGUUAAAUAAUAGGUCAUUGGCUUGCUUGAAGGAAUGCAGAAGUUAGGUUUUUCAACUUAGAUAAUUAAUUCAUAAAAUUUUGUAUAAAGUACUUUUUGUUCUUAACUUUAAAAAAAGUUAAAUUAACCAAACAUACGAUACUUAAAGAUACAUUAUGGGAGAUUAGAUAAAGAGUUGAAUGUUGUCACUAUGAUAAUUAAAAAAUAGAUAAUGUAAAUAGAAUAUGUUGAAAAUUUCAGUCAAAUUGCUCGACUCAGAACCGAGAUAUUAGCUUUUGAAUUUUAAGACUAGACUUAAUCAUCAUUACUAAAGUCGGUACGAUAAAAAACAUAGUCUUGAUUAUCCAUUCUUGGAUUUAUCAUCAAUGAGCGUAGAGCAGCAGAUCGGAUUCAAAUCCAGUGAAAAUCUGACACAUAAGAUGACAUUAAGAGUUGAUUAUGGUCUUGAUAAGUUAAUUAAUGUCUAAUUAAUAGUUUAUAUAACAUUCCAGGCCUCAAGAAAGACCUGCAAUAGGCAGAUUUAGCUCUUGCAUAAUGUAUGUUUAAAGAAAGACUUAAAUUUAUUACUACAUUUUAUUCGACUAGAUAUCUACAGUUUGCUAGUAAUAUGGAGCUAUAAUCAUUGCUUUUCUAGUUAUUUCUUCUUGCCACAAUGUCAGGAGUUAUAAUGCCUUAUUAAAGUAUAAAUUUCUAACAAGUAUUUUAAACUGUCAAAAUAUUUAAGGUCACAAAAUUGUGCUUAUUAGAGAGAAAUAAUUAAACUUAUCCCUUUUUUUAUUAUUUUUCAUCAAGAUUCUUCUACAGUCCUUUCCAAAAUAACAAUUCUUCUUUUUCGUAUGUGGACUUCUGUCAACAUAGAAAAACUUUGAAAUAGGAUAUGUUGUCAGUAUUUGACUAUAUCUCUGAUAAAGUGAUCAUUAAAAAACAUGCAGAUUAUCAUUAAUAGAUUGUGUAAAAUUAUAGGUUAACUUCAGGCAUCUUCACAAUAACCAUUAAUAAAAUGAACCAUUGUUUGACAAUAUGAAAGGCUACUUUACAAUUUUUUGAGAAUAUGAAUUGCCUAUUUUGGAAGUAAAAUGUUAUUUUUUCAUGAAGUUAUUUGUAUGAAUACUUAACAGCAGUGUAAUUAAAAUUAUACCAAUUGUUGAGACAUUUGAUAUGCUGUCUGAUCAAUGUCAAAAAUAUUAUUAUGCUGUUGUCACAGGCCCCAAGAUGUCCUUAGAUACCAGUUGAGUGACAAUCGUAUUAAUGAAAUUGAAGUCUGAUAUUAAUUAGAUUGGUUUAACAGAAAAGAUUUUAUCGAUUUUUAGUGUAAGUCACAAGUAUCAUAUGGACUACAUAAAGCCAAAAAAAUAUAAUAACAAUUCAUCAGCUUUUCUGCUUAAAAAAAUAAUAUGUAAUAAAUGUGAUGCAAUAUAGUGACAUCAAGAACUGUCUGUAAGGAAAGUUAUCAGGUACACUCGAUCUUAUGUUUAUGUACAUGAAAAUAUUGUGUUCAAAUUAUUUUUGUCCUUGACUUUUGUGAUAAGUUGUGUAUACAUGUAUUUCUAUUAUGUUAUGCAUAUAAUUACAUGUAAAUUCAAUAUCUAAUACAUUCACGAAAUAACAAUAAAAUGUUUUGGGUGGUCUUGUUUCACACAAGUGACAUUAUUUGCAAAAUAAAUGUUUUAAGUGCACUGCACUUUCAUAACUAAAUUCUGGACUGGGACAAAAGAGUAUCCUUAAUAUAUUUUAUUUGAGGUUUUCAUAAAGAAGGUCCAAAGGUAUGUAAAACUGAUAAAAUAUAUACUCUUUUUUUAUUCAGUUUUAGUUUAUUUAUUUUUAAAAUAUAUUAUUUUGAAAAACAAGCAAAGUAUUGAGCUUUAGAUUGUCUUAUAUACUGAUCUUCUGCUAUCAUAUAAGGAUGUUAUAUAAGGGGUUUGGAAAGGAUAAUGACAUAAAAGUAUUAUUGGCCUAUAUUUAGAAUAAAGACUCUGUUAGUAGAAUCAUGGACAGUAGUUUAGGAAUUUUAUGUUCAAUAAUAUUAUUAGUUUAUUCUAGUAAAGUGCUAUCAGUAUUAUUUUGAUUAUUAUUUAUUUAUGUAUAAAUUGAAUUAAUUCAAGAUAAACAUAUUAUUAACUAAUAAGUUUUUGAUUGAGCAUAUACAUUCAUGUUAUUCAUGAUCUUAAUAUAUUAUAUUAAUUCACGUUUAUUUGAAUAUUGACUAAUUGACUAUAUAUAUCAUAUAAGUAUAAUAUCAUAAAUGUUUAUGUUUGGCGAACUCACAUGGCAUGUUAUAUAAGAUUUAUUUAUGUAAAUAUAUAUAUGAACUUAUUGUAAGAUCUAGUUGUUGUAUGAAUGAUGUUAAAAGAAUGGUGUUUAAUGAUAAGCUAUGUAUGAUUUUAAAGAAAACUUAACUCCGCAGUAGUAUUUGUGAAUAUAUAUUCAGUAAAAUCACAUAUGAUAUGCCUCGUGUUCUGUAAAUGUUUAUCUUUUCUCCAUUGAUCAGCAGACGAUCUUCCGAUAGGUGUAACUAGCAUAAUUUCAAGAAGGAAACACCGGUACUUUUGCUUUAGCUUUGGAUGUACAUGUAUGUUGAAAGACUUUUUUUAAUUCGAUCCCCCACUGUCGAUUGGACAGACAGUUCCCAUAAGAUAAUUGGCUUAUCUCAAAAUUGUCAUGUAUUGAUGGUAUAUUUGAGUAUCUGUUGGAUUAGAAAGUUAUGCCUGACUAAGAAUUACUAUUGAGAAUAUUAUUUGUGGAGUUAAAUUUUGUUUAAAUGAGAACCUUUUUACAAAGCCAUAUAACAUUAUCCGCAUAUAUAAUUUACAUUCAGACAGCACAAAAAUGUUAGUCAUCAGGUGUUUUUGUAAAGUAUAUAUAUACCGUAUAUUUCAUUAUCUAGUCUGCCAUAUUCAUAUCGAAAGUCAUAAUGAUCUUCAGUUUAUAAAUUCUUGAAUUUUAAUAAGAUAGAUCUAGAAACCAUACAGUUUUAUUUUAUAAUACCUGGUAUAUAUAUAUGACAAUAUAGAUAACUCCUAGUAUUAGAAUGGUAUUAUAUACUAAUAUAUUUACAUUUUAAAAAUUUGAGUGCUCGUCUUCGAAUGUACUGUUAAAAAAAUCAUACUCAUAUUAAUACUUCCAUGAAUAUGUUAUCCUUGGAAACCACACUCUUAAGACAAUAAAUCUUCUCCUUUUGAUUUACGGCUUUUCUAGUACCUGUGGAAAUUUGAUAUUUAUUUAAGUGAAUUAAAAUAAAAGUAAUCUCUUAAAAGCAUAAAUAUCAUAGAAUGUAAAUAUCUGAAUCAAAUGCUGAAAUAUAUGGGAUAAGAUGUGUCAAAUCAGCAUUAUAACGUUUUACAUUGUGGCCAAAGAAGAUUCAUUAGCCAAGGAAUCAGGGCUCUCGUUUCAAUCAUAUUUGCCAGUCCAAACUGAUUGACAUUGAAAUCGACUGGCUGAUUAAUUGACCUUUGAUGUCAAUUUUACCUGUCAGGGAGUAAGGAUGUGUUUAAGAAUUUGCAUCUUAAAACAGCAUAACACUACAAAAUAUGUAGGUUUGUAAUGUGCAUAACAAAAACAAAAUUGACUUAUUCAAGCAAAGUAAAUAUUGGGUUAUAAGAUUUACAAAAUAGUGUAUGAAAAACUUUGAAGCGAGGGUGCUGCCAUUUAUGUACAAUUCUAAAUCAUGUCUAUUCAACACUUCUUUGUUAUUGUUUUCUGCCAGUGCACUCAUAAAUAAUGUCUAUUACCAAAUGGCAGCUACUAUUACUUAAGGUAUAGUUUUACUUGUUUAUGUUUUUCUUUGUUUAAUUUUCUUUUUUCUUUAAAUGGCCUUUUGAUACUGUACAUUAAGAGUUGAAUUUAAUAUCAAUGUUACUGAUGAUGAAAAAUCUGUGUGCCUUGAUUCUUUUGUUUCAACUUUCAUAACUUCUGGUUUAGGGAAAUAGGUAUAGGAGGUCUAGGUGGUGGUUCUAGGGUUGGGGCAUUGAAAACACAAUGACAGAAAUUGGAAAUAAGUAAUAUAAAUAUUAAACAUUGAGGUAAUGGAACUUUGAAAAAAAUCUAUCAUGCCCCUACCUUACACCUGCAGUUAAAAAAAAUAAAAUAGGAUUGGUCACUGCUAGUUAUAUAAUUUAAAAUGGCCUUUUCAUAUUGCAUAACCAUAAAAGGUCUGAAAGUUUGAGACUCGGUUAUCACAAUAUCCUUCAUGUACUUUACAGUUUAUGUUGAGAUAUUUUUGUUUUAUUUAAAGAGAAAAAUUGUGCAAUUUACUUAAGACAAAUAUUUUUAACAGGCUAGUUUUCCCUUUAACAUACUCUUAACUGUUGGUUAUUAACAAUGUACAAUUUCAAAUUAUGGUGUCAUUAAGCUUAACACUUAUAUUGUUGUAUGUUGGAGUUCUUCCACUGUAAACUCCUAGUGAAAUUGUUCUUAUUCGUGCAUCCUUUGAUGUGAUCCUCUGAUAAAACAAGCCAAUUAAUAUGUUGAUAAAUGUUUUGUAUAAUGCUGUAAUAUAUUGUGUUAUAUUAUCAAAUGCAACAUUAUUAUUACAUGGUUAAAUUGUACAUGUAUGGUUGAAGUGUGUUAAUUGUACCAUAUAUUAUAUAUAUACAUAUAUGUAUAUGUGUGUGUUAAAUGUAUCAUAUAUGUGUUCAUUGUAAAGAUGUUAUUGUUAUAUUAUGCUUAUUAAAAGUUAUGAGAUCAUCUGUGAAAAUUGCAACUAAAUCCUCACUGUUUUUAUAUAAAUUAUACAUAUAUUCAUGUAUAUAUAUCGUUGGCACAUCUUAUCAAUUACUUAUCUUGUAUAUUUCAUGUAGUUUCCAUCUAGUAUUGUAUUCGUUGUUCAUUAUAUUUUGGACAGUAGAAAUUCUUUUUUAAGAAGCAAUUCAGCUAACCAUUUUGUGAUUUUUAACAGAGCUGUGUUUUGUAUAGUGUUGUUGAAUGCAUGAAUCCACCACCUAGAUUGUGGAUUUUUCCCCCUUCUGCUGUUAAUAAUUUUGCUUGUAAACCAGGCUGUCUGAGAAAUAAAUCACAAAACUAU